AUGAACUUGUUCCUGGGAUUCAGAAGGGAGCACGUGCCAUGGAACUUCAAGAAGACGGAGAACCAUGUGUACCUCCAUGUCGUGCUUUGGCAGAAGCUGGAUGCCGACGAGUCAGAACCUGCUGAAGAAGCCACUCUGCUCACCAUUGUCUCAUCAACUAUGAAUAUGGUGUAUGGUGUACUCACAUCCAUGCCAUCUAUUGCCACAUUUGCAGACUUUGACAGUUUUGGUGUUGCACCUAUAUGUAACCCUGAAAAAAUAUUCCAAGAAUCUUCUUUGAUAUUAUUUAUGAUAUUUUCAUAA